AUGUCGGCAAAAGCCAUCUCCGAGCAGACGGGAAAAGAGUUCCUCUACAAACACAUCUGCACAUCGGCAGCCGUCCAGAACAGAUUCCGAUAUGCCAACGUGAAGGCAGAGACCGACUUUGACCAGCUGGCAAAGGAGCACCCAUGGCUGCUCACAGAGAGGCUGGUGGUGAAGCCGGACCAGCUGAUCAAGCGUCGAGGGAAGCUGGGGCUGGUCGGCGUGAACCUGGAUCUGAGCGGCGUCAGAGAGUGGCUGAAGACCCGCCUCAUGAGAGAGACGACAGUGGGAAAAGCCAAGGGCGUUCUGAAGAACUUCCUUAUUGAGCCGUUUGUCGCCCAUAAGCAGGAAGAGGAGUUCUAUGUUUGCAUCUACGCCAGCCGGGAGGGGGACUACAUCCUGUUUCACCAUGAGGGGGGGGUGGACGUGGGGGAUGUGGAUGCCAAGGCGAAGAAGCUGCUAAUUGGGGUGGAUGAAAAGAUCAGUGAAGACUCUGUGAAGAAGGAGCUGCUGACUCACGUCCCCAACGACAAUAAAGCAGUGCUGGCCAGCUUCAUCGUGGGGCUCUUCAACCUGUACGAGGAUCUGUUCUUCACCUACCUGGAGAUCAAUCCACUGGUGGUAACAAAAGAUGGAGUUUACGUGCUGGACAUGGCAGCCAAGAUCGAUGCCACAGCGGACUAUCUCUGCAAGGCCAAGUGGGGCGACGUGGAGUUCCCCCCCCCCUUCGGCAGGGAGGCCUAUCCUGAGGAGGCCUACAUUGCGGACCUUGAUGCAAAGAGUGGUGCCAGCCUUAAACUGACCCUGCUCAACCCCCGAGGCAGGAUCUGGACCAUGGUGGCAGGGGGGGGCGCCUCGGUGGUGUACAGUGACACAAUCUGUGACCUGGGAGGCGUCAACGAGCUGGCUAACUACGGGGAGUAUUCAGGAGCACCAAGUGAACAGCAGACCUACGACUACGCCAAGACCAUCCUGUCCCUGAUGACAAGAGAGAAGCACCCUGACGGAAAGGUUUUGAUCAUUGGGGGAAGCAUUGCAAACUUCACAAAUGUUGCAGCAACUUUUAAGGGGAUUGUCCGAGCCAUCAGAGACUAUCAGGUGCCACUGAAGGAGCAUGAGGUCACCAUCUUUGUCCGCCGGGGGGGCCCCAACUACCAGGAAGGUCUCAGAGUGAUGGGAGAAGUUGGCAAGACCACUGGGAUCCCUCUCCAUGUCUUUGGCACAGAAACUCACAUGACUGCCAUUGUCGGCAUGGCGCUGGGCCACCGGGCAAUCCCCAACCAGCCUCCUGCCGCUGCCCACACGGCCAACUUCCUUCUCAACUCCAGCGGCAGCCCCGGGACCCCAGCAUCCAGCAGAACUGCUUCUUUCUCUGACAACAAAGCCAAAGUUGAGGACUCACCAUCCAAGAAGGCCAAAGCUGGAGCUCCCAUCGCCAAGGCAACUUCCCUCUUCAGCAAACACACCAAGUCCAUUGUGUGGGGUAUGCAGACUCGGGCGGUGCAAGGCAUGCUGGACUUUGACUAUGUCUGCUCCAGAGAAGAGCCAUCCGUCGCCGCCAUGGUCUACCCGUUCACUGGAGACCACAAACAGAAGUACUAUUGGGGCCAUAAAGAGAUCCUCCUCCCUGUCUAUAAGAACAUGAGUGAUGCCAUGAAGAAGCACCCGGACGUGGACGUGCUCAUCAACUUUGCGUCAUUGCGUUCGGCCUUUGAUAGCACUAUGGAGACCAUGCAGUACCCUCAGAUUCAAACCAUUGCCAUCAUCGCUGAGGGAAUCCCUGAAGCCCACACCAGGAAGAUCAUCAAGGCUGCAGAUAAGAAGGGUGUUAACAUCAUUGGACCAGCAACUGUGGGAGGAAUCAAGCCAGGCUGUUUUAAGAUCGGGAACACCGGAGGAAUGCUGGAUAACAUCCUGGCCUCCAAGCUGUACCGCCCGGGCAGCGUGGCCUACGUGUCCCGCUCAGGCGGCAUGUCCAAUGAACUCAACAACAUAAUUUCCCGCACCACCGACGGUGUUUUUGAAGGCGUAGCCAUUGGUGGGGACAGAUACCCAGGCUCAGUGUUUACUGAUCAUGUUCUGCGCUACCAAGACACCCCCGGAGUAAAGAUGAUCGUAGUUCUGGGAGAGAUUGGAGGCACAGAGGAAUAUAAGAUCUGCCAGGGUAUCAAACAGGGCAGGAUCACAAAGCCAGUGGUGUCCUGGUGUAUUGGCACCUGUGCGACCAUGUUCUCCUCAGAGGUUCAGUUUGGCCACGCAGGAGCUUGUGCUAACCAGGCCUCUGAGACAGCAUCGGCUAAGAACAAAGCUCUGAAGGAGGCCGGUGCCUUCGUCCCCAAGAGCUUUGAUGAGCUGGGAGAGAUCAUCACUUCUGUUUAUGAUGGCCUUGUUGCCAAAGGGGUUAUCGUGCCAGCCGAAGAGAUGCCUCCCCCGACUGUGCCGAUGGAUUACUCUUGGGCACGAGAGCUGGGACUGAUCCGUAAGCCUGCUUCCUUCAUGACCAGCAUCUGUGAUGAGAGAGGUCAAGAGCUCAUCUACGCAGGCAUGCCCAUCACUGAGGUCUUCAAGUCAGAAAUAGGCCUGGGAGGAACUCUGGGGCUUCUCUGGUUCCAGAGGAGGUUGCCCAGAUAUGCCUGCCAGUUCAUAGAGAUGUGUUUGAUGGUGACCGCUGAUCACGGCCCUGCUGUUUCUGGAGCGCACAACACAAUCGUCUGUGCUCGAGCUGGCAAAGACCUCAUCUCCAGCCUCACCUCCGGCCUUCUAACCAUCGGUGAUCGCUUUGGGGGUGCUUUGGAUGCUGCAGCGAAGCAGUUCAGCAACGCUUUUGACAGCGGCAUGCUGCCCAUGGAGUUUGUCAACAAGAUGAAAAAAGAUGGCAAGCUGAUCAUGGGCAUUGGACACAGAGUAAAGUCGAUUAACAAUCCAGACAUGAGAGUCCAGAUCUUGAAGGACUUUGUGAAGAAGCACUUCCCCUCCACCCAGAUGCUGGACUACGCUCUAGAUGUGGAGAAGAUUACCACGUCCAAAAAACCCAACCUGAUCCUGAACGUGGAUGGUUUCAUUGGUGUGGCCUUUGUGGACCUGCUCAGGACUUGUGGUGGUUUUACAAGGGAUGAAGCUGACGAGUUUGUGGAAAUUGGAGCUCUGAACGGUAUCUUUGUCCUGGGGCGCAGCAUGGGAUUUAUUGGACACUACCUGGACCAGAAGAGGCUGAAGCAGGGUCUGUACCGCCACCCCUGGGAUGACAUCUCCUACGUGCUGCCAGAACACAUGUCCAUGUAAUCAGAGGGUAUAAACCAUAGAGUGUCACCCAAACCUUCAUCCCCCGCCCACACCGUGAUCUUAACCCCUAAACAGUGGCGUUAUAUAGGGAAGAUAUUACUAUCGCUGUAAAUUGCAAAUGUUAAAAAGAAGAGUAUGUUUUAGUUUUGGGAACCUGUCGGUGCUGCAGCUCUGUGAAUAUUAGAAAAAUCUGGUACACUGUGAAGCUCCAGUAAAGCAAAGUCAGGGUCUAACUGAGGGAGAUUUUAAAAGAAAUCAAGUGAAGGAGUAAAAGGGGAUAAUCCAUGGCUUUUUAAGUAAUGUUGUUUUCCCCAAAUAUGUAUAAUUGUCGUAUUAACCUAGCAUGUCUCACAGACUGUUGUGUCUCUGUGCAGCUCUCUUCCUCGUGCCAAUUAGAUCAUGAUCUUGCCACAAAGGGGUGAACAUGUAGUGCAAUAAUACCUGUAAUAGAAACAAAUACUGUAGACCAGAGCUUUAUUUAUGUAUAGAUGUAUUGUCGGUGAAAUUAAAUGGUACAAGAAUGAUGUAGUUUAUGCUAUUUUAUUAUUUUGUUUACAUAUUUUUGAAGUCGAAAAUAUCAAGCUGUGACAAAGGGACCGUGUUAUGACAUUUGGAGGCAAAAUGAUCUCUCAGCUGGUGGAACAUUUGGGAGUACUUUCUAAAGUGGUUUAAAUGGAAGUUGAGUGUUAGUCAUAACACAAAUAAAAAUGUUUUUCUUUCUGAAGUUGUUGAGUGGAUUAGGGAAUUGUUGCCAAAAGCCCCAGGAUGUGUUUAUAAUAUGAUUUUCUAUGAGGAAUUAACAAUGAAAAUAAUCAUAUUCACUAUUUUUCUCCAUUACACUUACAUCAGUCUUUAGAAUACUUUGAUGUCAGCACUUUAAUAGGACAGCAAAUUAUUUUAUCUGUUAAAUACCAUCAUUUAUUUUAUGUCUUCACAUCUUUUUGGGAAUUAAUAUUGUUAACUUCUCUGUUAAUAUUUUAAGUGUCAAAUAAUGAUCAUGUUACAAUCUGGAAAGAAGCUUUAUGUAGACAAUCUGCUCAUUACCAUUAGAGUGCAGGACAAAACUUAAAUUCUCUUUGAAACAAGAACAUUAAACAUUCUCCCAAAAUGCAUAUAGUCCAAAACAAAAUCUUUGACAGCCAUCACCAGUACGAAUGUAACAAAACAGUCAAAUAAAUCUUCUGACAACUAAUAACCUCAACAGUGUUGUUGCAAAGUGUAUGUCCUUAACUCUCUCAAUGUGAACUGAAUGUGCCUCUGUACUGAUUUGUUGUUAGUUGACAACUGUGUAAUUGAGUAAAAUAAAUGUCAUUAAUGUAAUAAUA